AUGGUAAACGUAAAUUUUGCCACUGAAAGCGGUAUUUGUAAAGACAAAGUUCACAUAUUGCUGGACGCUUCAAUUUAUGAGCGCAAAUUGUCAACCAGUGCUGAACAGGAACCGGUACAACGACACGGGGAAAUGAGCGGAUCCUCAGAACUACCAAAACUGUGA